UUAACUACAGGCGAUUUUUUUGUCAAACCUUCUUUUGGAUUUACGACGUGAAUUUGGUGUGCGUGUCUUGUGUUUCUAGUAGAGGUUUUAUAAAUUUUCUAAUUAAACCUUAUAAAAUUUUUUUCAAAAAUGGCGAAAAAGAAAAGUGAAGAAUCGCCGGCAGAAGGAGAUGUUGAAGAUGAACCCAAUUUUGAAGACCCCGAGGGAUAUGUUGAUGAUAUUAGUGAUGAAGAAUUGUUAGCCGAUAAACUGGCUCAGCGACCAUCAGAAGCGGAUGGCGUUGAAAGUGUCGUGGUGGUAGAUAAUAUACCUAAAGUGGAACCAUCGCGUUUAGAAAAAUUGAAAGCGGUCAUCAGUAAGAUAUUCGCUAACGUUGGGGAGAUUGUUAAUGCAGUCUAUCCAACUGACGAAGAGGGCAAAACAAAAGGUUACGCCUUCAUGGAGUUUAAAAAUGCAGCGCAAGCUGAAGAUAUUGUAGAGAAGUUCAAUAAUCAUCGUCUAGACAAGUGUCAUACGUUGGCUGUGAAUUUGUUCACAGAUUUUCAAAAAUAUAAAAAUAUACCAGAUAAAUGGGAGCCGCCCACACCGCAACCAUUUAAGAUACAAAAUGAUCUUUACAGUUUCCUAAUGGAUCCAGAUGCUUACGAUCAGUAUUGUGUGGCUGCUGAAACUGCUCCCAAUAGCGUUCAGGUGGCUUUUUGGCAGAAUACUUUGCCUGAACCGACAGAGUUGGAGACUCGGGAAAGUUUUACGGAUACAUUUGUGAAGUGGUCGCCGCUGGGCACAUACGUGGUGACAUUCCACAAACCGGGUGUGGCCAUUUGGGGCGGUAGUAAAUUCACCAGAAUACAGAGAUUUCCUCAUCCAGGUACGCAAUUUGUAGAAUUCUCACCCUGCGAAAAUUAUUUGGUCACCUAUGGGCCUACGCCAACUGGACAAAAAGUUAUUAUAUGGGACAUACGCUCGGGAGCGGAAAAGCGGUCAUUCGUAGCGGAUGGUAUGUCUAUGCUCUCAAUGUUCCGUUGGUCUCAUGAUGACAAGUACGUGGCUCGUCUGGGCGACAAUUCAAUACACAUCUACGAGACGCCCUUGUUUUAUUUGUUGGAUUUAAAGUCGAUUAAAAUACCCGGAAUACGUGGUUUUUCAUGGUCUCCGACUGAUAAUGUCAUUGCGUAUUGGGUAGAAGAGCAAAAUCAAAUACCUGCUCGUGUAACCCUUAUGGAGAUUCCGAAAAAGCGAGAAAUACGCAAUAAAAACCUCUUCCAUGUCGCCGACAGUAAACUGCACUGGCAGAAGUCUGGUGAUUACUUGUGCGUGAAAGUAGAUCGAUAUAUGAAAUUGAAAAAGGACAAAAAGGAUUGCGACGUCAAGUUUUUGGGUAUGUUUUACAACUUUGAAAUAUUCCAUAUGCGUGAAAAAGAGAUACCUGUGGAUUCAGUUGAAAUACGUGAGCUCAUUUUGUCGUUUGCUUGGGAGCCUAUAGGCAACAAGUUCGCCAUUAUACAUGGCGAAGCGAAUAAUUCUAAUGUGAGCUUUUACGAAGUUAGUGAUGGCGUAAAGCCCACACUUGUAAAAAAAUUGGAAAAGAAAUCCUGUACGCAUUUGUUUUGGUCGCCUAGAGGGAAGUUUAUUGUUAUGGCCAAUCUGACUAUGGGAACUUUUGAGUUUGUUGAUACUAGCAAUAAUUUUCUAAUAACCGCUUCUCCUGAUCAUUUCCGGGCUUCUGAAGUUGAGUGGGAUCCUACGGGGCGUUAUGUAGUUACGGGUGUAUCGUCAUGGAAAGUUAAAGAGGAUACCGGUUUUAAUAUGUACACUUUCCAAGGCCGCAUAAUUCGACGAAAUAUACUAAAGAAUUUUGUGCAAUUCUUAUGGCGCCCUCGACCUGCUACUCUGCUAACUGAAGAGGAGCAAAAGGAAAUAUAUAAAAGUUUAAAGAAAUAUUACGCGAUUUUCGAGCAAAAGGAUCGUUUACGUUUAACGCGAGCCAGCAAGGAAUUACUAGAAAAGCGAGCCCAGUUGCGUGAGCAAUUCUUGGAGUACCGCAACAAACGUGUUGUCGAAUGGAAGGACCAGAAACAAAGACGUUUGCAACUUAGAAAUCUGAUCGAUACAGAUAAUUUGGAGACCGAAGAAGUGGAUGAAGAGGUUGUCGAAUUUCUGGUUAAAGAAGAAAUUACAUUGCUCGAGUAAUUCGCUUAAAAUUUAACAGUGAUUCGAACUCUUUUCCAACAUAGUUUAAAUAAGCGUCUAUUAGUCACCAACUUUGAGAAACUUUUCUGUCAUUAAAUUCUGUUUAUCUAUAAAUUCAACUGUGUUGGAAAAGAAACCGAUUUUUUAUUUUAAUAAAUUUUUUUUUUUUUUUUUUUU